AUGCAUCUCCUUUCCACCGCCCUUACGAGUAUUGUGCUCUUGAAUGCAGUGGUGUCUGGCGAUACCUUGCCAUCGAAAGACUACAAUGCUUCUGUUGUUCGGUGGGAAUGGUGGCCUCAGCCUGGACCCCUGUCGAAUGGCGACAAAGGCGAAUACCUGAAUUUAUCUUCGGGAGUUGAUUUGUGGUACACCACAAUGGGGAAGCCUUCCAAUCAUACACCAGUCCUCCUUCUGCAUGGUGGUAUUGGAAAUAGCAAUCAGAUGUACCGCCAGGCCAACUUUCUAGCCCGGAGCCGUCGAGUUAUCUUACAGGACACCCGCGGACAAGGUCGGAGUCCAUACAAGAACUUUACCGAGUUCCAUUAUGAUGACUUUGCGCGCGACGCGAUUGCGCUAUUGGACCAUCUCAACAUCUCACGAGUGGCUGUUGUAGGUUGGAGCGAUGGCGCUAUCACUGGCCUUGAUUUAGCCAUGAACUACACCCAUCGAAUUGACCGAGUGUUUGCCCAUGGAGCAAAUCCUCAAGCAAACAUGAGCAAUCCAGGAACAAAUGACCCUAUCAUUAACUCAGUCACCGGAAACCUCGACUCCGACUUCAGUACCAACGGAACGACUUACUCGACUCUCAAUAUAACUAAACGUGACACCCCUGUGGCCGCGUAUUCUUGUGAAGCUCUCAGCCCGCUCCCAGAAAACUGUUCUGCGAUGGAGGACGGGGUCAAUGUGAUGUGGGAUUCUGAGCCAACGUGGGGUCCUAUUGCGUUGGGCAAGAUCAAGUGCCCUGUCUGGAUUGUCGAUGGAGAUCAUGAUGUGACUAUUCCAAGGAACCAGGCGGACGCGAUGGCUGCGUGGAUCCCUUUUGCUGGGCAGCUUAUCUUGCCACAGGUUUCUCACGCUGCGUUAUUGGAGGACCCCACCUUCUUCAACUUCGCCGUGGAAUACUUCCUAAACAUGCCAUACGAUGGGGUGCUGCCAUAUUAUUAA